AUGACUCCACAGCUGCCACCCAUCAACCCUUCGUCAUGGCAGUCGUUGCCACAGCCUCUAUCGGACAUAGAGCUGGAGGGCAUACUAGAGGCAAAUGAGCCAACCCAAUGGAUGCAAGAGGGCCAUUAUUUUGAUACAAGUCCAGACUACCAAUCCCAACCAUCUCCCUUAGGCAUCAGUGAUCUGGAAUGGGCGCAGUGGACAAAUUCUGAGUCACACGUCGUACCAACCGCCGAUACACAACCUGAACAUCAAGAUCAUGAGGACUUGAGGACCUUUGAAUGUGUAUAUGAUUCUGCUCCGCCUUUAGCAGCAGGAUAUGUUGACCCGUCCUUGCCGCAACCAAGUCUCACCAAUGUCUCACAGUGGCUUGACGGGGCAUAUCGUCCUCCCGCAUCAUGUUCCUAUUGUCGCAGGCAUCGGCUGCAAUGUUUGAUACUUCGCACUACGCCUGCCAAUCCGAAUCCAAAAAAUGCCUGCUCAAGCUGCGUAGCCCUUUUUCGCGAAUGCAGUUUAGCAAAGGGAGAAAAGCGCCUCCCGUCGGGCUUUGAGACUUUCUCGCCGGUCCUAGGUCAUCUCCACGGUGUGCCGGAAGAUGCCAACCCAUCGUCCGCUCCCACUAUGGAAAAUACCGAUGAACGAAAAGAACCCAAGCAGUUUCUCAGAAAAGGAGCUAGAUUUCUCCGCGAGUGGUUCUAUCAAAAUCAAGAAUACCCUUACCCAACAGAUGCACAAAAGAAUCAGAUGGCCAACGAGACUGGCUUCUCCCAAAAGCGCAUAUCAACCUGGUUUGCAAAUGCCCGCCGCCGUCAAAAACAAAAGAUUCAGACUGCGGGACUUUCUUCAACAUCCCGCACUCGCUCAGGCUCCCCCAUGGUCAUUAGCACGCUGUCUUCCCUAACCCCCAUGGAGCGAUGGCAGGCUUCCCCGCCAGACGAUGAACCAGUCCCAGAAGCGACCAUUCAAAAUGCUAUUGCCUCUGGAUCGAUAGAAUUGGGCGAUGAGUUCGAUGAGUCUUCCAUGGAUUUCUUCAACUUCGACCAGAGCUCAUCACAUCUGACAUCCUCAGUAUCGAGUAUUGGGAGCAAGGCAUCUGAAAAAUCCGAUAGCGCCUCCUCAGCAUGGAGCUACCAUUCCUCGGCAGACACAGGUCUACCGUUCCCACUGCUCCCCAAACAAACUAAACCCAAACGCAUUCGAGGACGGCAACGACCAGCGGUAGACCAUAAUUACCAGUGCACAUUCUGUACGCAGUCUUUCAAGAAGAAACACGACUGGGCCCGCCAUGAAAAAAGCGUUCAUCUCUCCCUUGACUCCUGGGUCUGCACUCCAAAUCUCAACGACGUCCAACAAGCGUUCGAACUGCAGUUUUCUGAAUGCCCCUUCUGCGACGUCCUUUUCCCAACACCCGCCCAUUGGGAAGAGCAUGAAUUCCAAGUAUGUGCCGAGAAGCCUAACCCGGAGCGUUCAUUCAGUCGAAAGGAUUAUCUAUGGCAGCAUCUGCGCAAAUUCCACGGCUGCACAAAAGUCCCCGUGGCUGAUCUCGAAGCCUGGCACGGAUCGGGCGCCAAUGUCGAAAGCCGCUGUGGAUUCUGUGGAUGUCCACUAUCUACCUGGUCAGCUCGGGCAGAGCAUCUGGCUGGUCAUUUCAAGAAAGGGUCUCGUAUGGAUCAAUGGGAAGGUGAUUGGGGUUUGGAUGCGUCUGCCUUGAGUGUUUUACGCAACGCUAUCCCGCCAUCUCAGCGCGCCGUUACAAACAUGCCUCCUUAG